AUGGCGCAUUGGAAUCGAUGCUCUCUAGUGACCAGUCUUGGCCGAUAUCAAUGCCAGUGGCGAUAUUACCAAUCGACCGAUGGCUUUCCGCGAGCUUCUUUGGACCUAGUUCUUGCUCGGGAGGUCGAUAGUGAACAGAGUGGGGAGUCUUGUGUUGGGAUUGCAGGCACGGUGACCCUGGACCAGCCUCUACCGGUCCUAAAAUAUGUUCAAGAGCAAUUGGUAUUGGCCAGACGUCCUCCAGAGUCGAUUCUCCUGAAACUCAUUCUCCCAUGCGUUCCGGGAUAUGUGGUCAAAUCCGACCUUCCGACACAGCGGCUGGAGUGUGUUGGAAGCUAUGUGAGUAAGGUCAGGAUGGGGGAUGGCGCGUCACCACCAGUCGGGGUACUAUACAUGCACGCCGACGCUUUGGCACCCGAGUACGCUCGUGCGAUUGUACCAUGUAAAGGGAUCUGCUGCCAUGUAGCCGCUCCUCAGGAUGAGGCUCUCCGGAAGCUACCUGGGACGUAUUGCAUUCGACUGCAUGCCGGUGCAGUGGUGUACUUGAUUGACCGGGGGCAAGGAUCAAUCAUCGUCGGAGGGGCCCAGCAUACAUUCAAGGCGCCACGGGAGCAGUGGUACAAUAACCUAGAUGAUGCCAGCCUGAUCGAGAAUGCGGAAGGAUUCUUCGAUGGAUUCAUGCAGCGCACGUUUCUCGACUGGCAGGAUAGCCAUCCAUCUAUCAAGCAUAUCUGGACGGGAGGUGAAUACAUCCCCUGA